AAGGUAGGAGGCGGGGCUUUGCUCUGGUCCGUGACAGCGGAGGAGGGCAGGAGGCGGGGCCUUGCUCUGGUGGAAGAUGGCGGCUGGCGACUGGAACGCGGUGCACAUUCCACGGCCGGGCUCGUGCUGCAGCGUAGCCGCGCCUCCCGCGUGCCGGUGGCCGCACACAGAUGGGUACAUACAAGACCUUGUGGCAGCCUGUGAAAAUACCUUAAAAGCUUUAAGUAAUAAGCUUCUUACAACAGAACUUGAUAUCUUGGGUUCUCUGUUAUAUGUUUUCCAUAACCGGUUACGUCAGCACAAACCUUAUUGUGCAUUGAAACAGGUUGAACAAUGUGUGAAGCGUUUGCACAAUAUGCAACUUGAAGGUUCGAUUCAAGAUCUGAUUGAGUUGUGUCCAAGCAUGUCUGAGGCACAGAGUGGUAAGACAAAAUAUAUUCCCAGCCAACCUGUCCUGGAAUGGAUGUCGCUGAAAGUGUUGGGGGGCUGUAAGUUGAUGCUGCGUCUGAUGGAAAUGUGCUGCAAAGCAUUUCUUUUGACUAUUCAAUAUCUUCAUUGUAAAGAAUUUAUAGUCCUAAAUGUCGUAGUUACAGGAUUGCUCAGCAGACUAUGGAUAAUGUUUAGAAGUAUUGUUUUAAGCCUAGAACUUUUAUAUGAUAAGCUGUUCCUGUUACUGAAUGAGGUAACUAAAAUUCAAGAUAUGUCCUACGUGAAGGAGUUUUCCUUUCCUGUUAGCGUCAGGCAAUGGCUUGGUCUUUCCUAUUGCAAUUUCACACAAAUGAAGCUGCCAAGUGUUUCAAGUCAGAUGAGUGGAUUGCUUUCAGAUAACUCUGGCUUACUUGAUAAAUUGUUCGCGGAGACUGAACCUUUAUUAUUGGAGGAUGAUCAAAAUACAAUAUUAAAAGAAAAUAAAAUGACUGAUAGCAUCACCUCUAAAACAGAUCAGAUUUCAGAUAUUGGACCCCCUGAGCAAGGCCAUCGUGAGAUUGAAACUGGACUUCAGUUGGGAUUUGAAAUUAAGUCUAUGCAAGUUCAGUAUGAGAAGUCUCUAAAGGACUUUAACUGCAGAAGAUUACAGAAAAGUAAGCAACUGUUUCCUUUGGAUGAGUUUGUGAGCAGGAUUGGUGCCACACACACUUUCAGUGCAUUGUGUUGGGAGCUCCAGACAAUGUUCCGUUGGUUUCGACACCAAAAACUAAAACAUGAAACGUGCUAUUUUGGAAAUCAGUUUCUCCGGUGUCGCAGACUUAGAAUGGUGGAAACUCAUGGUUACAGUUUCCCAAAGAAGAUCAAUUUGAUAAAAAUGUCCGUCUCCAGGUAUCUCAUUAAAAGAUCUCAGGGAAAAUUGCAUCAAGGUGAAAUAUUUAAAUAUUGGAAAACUUCAGUGUCCCCUCUUCAAAACUGUAAGAUAAGACGUUCAGAAUUGUACAGAAGAAAAGGUUCCUUGCUCAAGAAGAAACUAAGAAACAGUAGACUUCACACAAAAGAAGGAAGCAAAAGGACAUUUAAAACUAUUUCACAGUUUGCAUUUGACACACAAACUGACAUAAAGAAACAGUGUGUUACUGGAGAUUUUCACACUAAACUUGGAAACAAUGGUUUGCAUCAGAAUGGGAAAACUCUGGCACUCCCCCUGGUUUCUUUGAGAGGAGGAGGUUCUGCAAUUGUGCCAAAUACGGAUGAUGAUAUUGAUGCCAUUUUUGCAUCAAUUGGUAUAUAGUUUGUUCUUUCAAAUUUAAAAAUCGCUGUAAGUGGAAGAUUUGACAAUAUAAAGUAACUGGAAGCAAACUAAAUGUGCAUUUCUGUUCAUGUUUUUGGAAAUAGAAUGCUUAAUUUAUAUGUUGCAUUUUUGACUCUUCAAUUUGAAUAACUUUACCAGAAAACUGGGUUUAAUAAAAGGAAGGAGAAGA